AUGAACAAGACGAAUGUUUCUGCUAAUUUCGAUUGGGAAUGGAUCCCUCUUACAUGGGAAUGGUGGGUCAUCGUCCAACUCGUGCUUUCCGUCAUCGGCAUCAUCGGAAACAUUCUCGUCAUCAUCGUCGUAAUCAACCGUGGGAAAACUAGAUUCGCAACCGAUGUUCUAAUCGGAAACCUGGCAUUUGCCGACUUCUUGACCUCUUUGUUGAUGAUACCCCGACCCCGGAGUGAUCUGGUACCGGAUAACUGGAAAGGAAUGCUAUACUGCCGGAUCGAGUAUUCGAAUGUUUUCAUGUGGAUAUCUACGGUUGCUUCGGUGUUUAUACUCACGGUUAUAUCCGUGGAGCGGUUAGUUGCUGUCAAGUAUCCGCUGAAAUUCAAGAUGAUUUUUACAGCAAAGCGAUCACGUCGGCUUGUUAGUUUCUCAUGGAUUGGGGCCACCGUAUUAAAUGUGAACACUUUGGCCAUUUCUGCACACGAUAUUGAAAAUCACGUUUGCAAGACCGAAUUGCUAGCUCAUGUAGUGCACAUGACUAUAGGUGUUCUGUUAUUUAUGUUCAAAUACCUAAUGCCAAUCGCUAUCAUGAUUGGCAGCUAUGUUAAGAUAAUCCAAAUACUUCGCUCUGAGGCGCGUAAUUUUCAACCUGAUGGACGCACUGCGUUCCAUCCCGCACGGCAAAUAUCAAAGACAAUGCGCAGGAUGACGCGCACUGUCCUUAUCGUCGUUAUCGUAUUCAUCAUCUGUUGGUCUCCGGAUCAAAUAUGUUUCUUUCUCUUCAAUCUCAAACUUUACCCGACGUACUUGUACUCGGAUAUUUACCGGGUACUCGUCUGCCUCGGAUUCGUCAAUUCUUGUUCAAAUCCACUGAUCUAUUCCGUCAGAAACAAGAAAUUUCGAACAGAAUUAUCACAUUUUCUGUGUAUUUCACCGUCGGAUAGCAAACUCCCCUCACAGGUAAAUCGUUCUGUGGUUAAGUCAGGGGGUAUAAAACUGAUAUCAGGCCAAGUUCCCAAGUAAUGUUUCAUCUAUUUUUGUUCUUUCUAAGAAUACUCAGAAGUUUUAUAUAUAAUAUAGACG